UGUAUCAUUGCUGACUUACUAUAGAGAUAUGCUAAUGACCCCUUAUUCUACCUAUAUAAACCCCCAUUUUCUACUACAAUUCUCACCACUCUAUCUUGUCAUUAAUCUUUCCAAACCUCAUCGCCUCACGCUAAAAUGGAUUUUGGCAUAGUUACGAAGGAUUCAAGUUGGUGGGUUUUCACUCUCCCAGCUUUUCUUGGCUCAAAAACCGUUGUUGAUGAAUAUGUAGUUCUCACCAUACUCAUAGCUUUAAUGUCUAUUGCACUUCUCAAAUGGGCCUUUUCGCCAGGUGGAGUGGCCUGGAAGAAUGGCAGAAACAGUAACGGUGCCGUCGCAAUCCCGGGACCACGGGGGCUUCCCAUUUUUGGGAGCCUCUUUACUCUCAGUCGCGGCUUGGCUCAUCGCUCCUUAGCCUCCAUGGCUUUACAUUACAAUUCCAAGCAACUCAUGGCUUUCAGCUUGGGCUCCACGCCUGUUGUGGUGACUUCCGACCCUCAGGUGGCUAAAGAAAUCCUAACCUCCCAACACUUUGCUGAUCGCCCCAUCAAGCAGUCAGCCCGUAGCCUUAUGUUCAGUAGGGCCAUCGGCUUCGCUCCCAACGGCACCUACUGGCGUCUUCUCCGCCGCAUUGCUGCCUCCCACUUAUUCGCACCUCGGCGAAUUGCAGCACACGAACAGGGCCGCCAGCUAGACUGUGCCACCAUGCUGAAAAACAUGGCAAACGAGCAGAGUCUUAACGGUGUCGUCUCUCUAAGGAAGCAUUUACAGGCUGCAGCUUUAAAUAACAUAAUGGGCAGCGUUUUUGGGAAGCGUUAUGAUCCAACGGAAGACGGCGAGGAGUUUAGGGUUCUCAAGGCGAUCGUUAAAGAAGGUUUUGAACUUUUGGGUGCCUUCAAUUGGUCAGAUUAUUUGCCAUGGCUUUCCUACUUUUAUGACCCAUCCCGCGUUGUUGCGCGUUGUGAAGCCCUGGUGCCCCGUGUGAGAAAACUCGUUAAGGCCAUCAUAGAGCAACACCAACUCAAGAACCAGUAUGAGAAUGCUAUUUCUGAUAAUGCUGAUUUCGUCGACGUCUUGCUUUCUUUGGAUGGUGAUGAGAAGCUCAAUGAAGAUGACAUGAUAGCAGUUUUAUGGGAAAUGAUAUUCAGAGGUACUGAUACGGUUGCUCUGCUGACGGAGUGGGUAAUGGCGGAGCUCGUCUUGCAUCCUGAGGUACAAGCAAAGUUGCGUCAGGAGCUAAACGCUGUGGUAGGGGAUCGUGCCGUGGUGGAUGCAGACAUGUCGAGGCUUUCAUACUUGAACGCAGUGGUGAAAGAGGUUUUGAGGCUACACCCGCCGGGGCCGUUGCUCUCUUGGGCCCGAUUGUCCACGGAAGACGUCUGUUUGAGCAACGGGAUGGUGAUCCCUGCAAACACAACAGCCAUGGUGAAUAUGUGGGCUAUUACCCAUGAUGGGGUGGUGUGGGAUGACCCACAUAAGUUUAUGCCGGAGAGGUUUGUGGCGGAAAUGGGCGGGGUUGAUGUAGAUGUUCGUGGUCGGGACCUAAGGCUUGCGCCCUUCGGGGCGGGGCGAAGGGUGUGCCCAGGGAAAAACUUAGGGCUGGCGACGGUGGCGCUCUGGGUGGCCAAGCUGGUGGAUCACUUCGAUUGGGCGGAGGACAAGGCCAAACCAGUGGAUUUGAGUGAGGUUUUGAAACUAUCGUGUGAGAUGAAAUACCCACUAUCUGCUGUUGCUGUUGUGAAAAAAGAUGUUAUGGCAUGAGAUGAUGUUCAUUUAGGAAAUAUUGAUGGUGCUACUGUUCAAGUGGCUUAGAUUGAGUCCUUUGUCCGUGUCUUUUUAUUUUUCUUGGUGGUGUUGUCCUAAGGUGAAGGGUGGUUUGCAUUUACCUUGGUUGCUCU